AAGUUCAUGUAGGUGUCUGUGAUGUUUAAGUGGUGAUUUGUGAUUUGUGCUUUGUCCGUUGGAUUCGCAACCUACUACAAGUACAAACCUAACGAUGUUAUUAUAAGUACUGAAACUAUAAUUCAUCGCAGCCGUGUUUUUUCGAAACCUACAAACAAUGAUGUCGGAUCUUUCUGGGGGCUUGGUAACAGAGAUAUUUGGAGAAGAAGUGCCGGCGGCAAGUAAUCAGUUUCUGGGGUUCAUGAUGAUGGAUAAUAGGGUUUGUUCCUUGAGAUCCAAUCUCCAAGGAAUCCGCAACGACAAGGAAGGAGGAGACUUGGUUGAUCCGUUUGUAGUAAACCAAGUAAGUGUACUUGACCAAAUCGAGGUAUCUAAAGUCUUUCACAGUGACUGUUUAUUGUUAUGCGUUCUCAAGGACAACUCGAGGCUCUUGGUAUGGAAUCCCUAUUUAGGGCAAACGAGAUGGAUCCAACAGAGAGACAGUUUCCACAGGUUAGAUAAUUAUGCUAUCGGUUAUGACAACAAGAACCGUAACCACAAAGUCUUGAGGUUUGUUGAUUAUUACCUCGAAGAGCUUGUUUUUGGGUUCGAAAUCUACGAUUUUAGCUCUAACUCAUGGAGGGUUCUUGAUGUCACUCCCGACUGGAAUAUUGAGUUUUUUCAACGAGGCGUGUCUUUGAAGGAGGGAAACAGUUACUUUUACGCUCAAGAGAAGCUAAUGCCGCCAGAAGAGGGAAUCGAGUCGGACGAAGUAGAUACAACAGACCUUCCAGUUUUUCUACUCUGUUUUGAUUUCACAGCAGAGAGGUUUGGGACGCGUCUUCCUCUGCCGUUUCACUCUCAUGAUGAAGAGACUGUGUCUCUAUCUUGUGUCAGACAAGAGCAGCUCGCCGUGUUAUAUCAACACUAUGACAGGUGCUUGGAGAUUUGGAUCACCACUAAGAUCGAGCCUAGUGCCGUGUCUUGGAGCAUGUUUUUAAAAGUGGAUAUGGGACCACUCACUGGCUUUAAGUUUGAUGUUGAAGCUGCGAGUUUCCUCAUUGACGAGGACAAAAGAGUCGCCGUGGUUUUCGAUCUUGACGGAUAUGAACAAACCGAGACUUGUCGCUACCAAACAGCUCACAUCAUUGGACAAAAUGGAGGAGGAUACUUCAAGUCUGUGAAUAUCAGAGAAGCUCCCAAUGUGGGAAAACCUGACAGAUAUGGACAUACUUUCCGUAGAUAUUGUGUCCCACUUGUGUGCCCUUCUUAUGUUCCAAGUUUAGUACAGUUAGAUUAGUUUAUCUUUUUUCAGUUAGACAAACG